GUGCACAUGUUGCAGGAGGAGCUGGACGAGCUGAAGGGAGGGGGCUCCCUGCCUUAGCAGCCUGGUGCCCCCCGCCGAGGAAUGAAAUCUUAAACCAGUCAGUGGGGAAUCGCCUGAUGAGCAGCAGUUUGGUGGCAGCAGUGGGAUUCAAAGGACUCAUCUGAUGGCUUCGGAGAUGAGAAACACAGGCAUUGGUACCCGCAAAACCUUUGAGUUCUCCAUCUUUUUCGCUGUUUCCGAGGGCCAUGGACCUCAACAGAUCUUAGAACUCUGGUAACCAGGCACCCAUAGACCCCCAUCCAGCUCACUUGACUGGCGACGGUCAACAGACAAAGAUGUUUAGUUGUUGUGUCCUGAUUUUUGGAAGAUCUGGGCUCAAAAAAGCCCAGAAAGAGAAUCUUUUUCGUCGUUGCCGACAUUGGCUCAGCCCUCUUCCCCGAUGCCUCUGGGCAUCUGGCAGGAGGCAGCGAAAGGUCACCUUGCCUGGUUCGGAGCUGAGCUGCCGUGACCCUCUUUCCCUUGCCCGGUGUGAGCUUCUGGAGGCCACUGAGGCAGAGCCAGAGGCGCCAGCUGCAGAGCUCCAGCCGGCGGCAGAAGCAGGGCAGUGGACAGUGGUGGAGGUAGAGCUGGCUCCAGCUCCGUCAAUACCACCCCCUCUAGCGCUGGAGCCAGCGUCCCCUCCCUCAGCAGUGUUGGAGCUGGAGCAAGGGCCCACGUCGGCUCCAGCAGGAGUGGGAGCUGCUGAGCUGGAGUCACCUGGACCAUCACUUCUAGUGGGAAGUCCAUCUCCACCUGUGGCCAUUAAGGAGGGUGAGAAGAAGCCUAACCUCACGGCCUUCCCUCCUAAGCUGGUGGCAGAGCAGUUGACCGUGAUGGAUGUGGAGCUCUUCCGGAAGGUGGUGCCCUCUCAGUGCCUGGGCUCCACCUGGGGCAAGAGGAACAAGCCCGGCAAUGAGCACCUGGCACCCACCGUCCAGGCCACCGUCGACCACUUCAGAAGGGUGGUCAGCCUCGUCGUCACCACCUGCCUCGGGGACCCGAGCAUGACGGCCCAGGACAGGGAGUGCGAGAUCCUGAAGAACUUCUCCUCGCUCCGCGCUGUCAUCUCUGCUCUGCAGAAAACCUCCAUAAGCCACCUGAAGAACACGUGGGCGGAUGUUUCCCGGAGGGGCCCUCCACGUUUGCCCCCCCGGAGAUCAUCCCCCAGAGAGUGCAGGAGAAACAGCAGCAGCAGCAGGUGAGUGUGCCUGUGGGGG